AUGAGGUCAUGUUUGACCGUCGUGAGAUCAGAUGGGACAUCGCAAGUUAUCAACUACAGUGUCAACAUCGAAAGAGAAGCAGUUACACUACCACCUGUAGUGAGUACUAGCAGUUCAUUCAGCAUCCCACAAACCCAGUUCCUGACUGGAGAUAACACACUGACCCUGACAAUCCUGAUCACCUGCAUGGGACCUCAGAACGUUUCAGAGAGAUCUUCGAGUAUCAUUGCAACCUACUCUGCCACCCGCUACUCUCCCGCCGAGUCUCGAAGCAUUUAG